AUGGAUGAUGAAAUGAGCACCAUCCUAAAAGAAGGUCCGAUAAAGAUUGAGAAAGAGAAAGGUGCAUGGACGGCUGGAGACAGGAGAAGAAACAAACUAGACAACCAUUGCAAGAGACAUAUUUUUAAAUCUCUGGACAUCAACACUUUCGUCAAAGUCAGAGAUUUCCAGAAUGCAAAGAAAGCCUUGGAAACAAUUAUUCAACUCCAUGAGGGAAACGAAAAGACUAAGGAAAAUAAGAUACUGGUGGCAACUCAGAAGUACGAGAAUAUCAUAAUAAAGCCAAGAGAAAACAUGAAGGAAUUUAGUGAUCGGUUCACCAGUGUGGUAAACGAGUUUUAUACACUUGGAAAGAGAUACGAUAACAAGGAAAUCAUUGUUAAGGCAUUGAGAUCUUUAUCAAGUGCAUGGGACAUAAAGACCAUGGUGAUGCGAGAAUCAAACAAUCUCGCAAAUUAA